AUGGAAUUUAAUAGUUAUUUGUAAGGCGGAGACAAAUGUCCUGACUCAAAGCAAUUAUUUGAAAGCAUUUAAAAAUUCAUUGUGCAAGAAAACUAUGCAGAGUUAAGAGUUCGUGGGCUAAAACUUGUACUUAAGGAUGACAGCUCUUAAGCUUAAUAUGUUGAAGCAGAAUUUCUGUGCGAAAGUGAACAGGGUCUGCUUAAUUUGUGCAAAUUCUUAGAAUUUGUUAACAAUAGCCAUAAGAUCCUUUUUGUAAAGAUCCAUAUUAGCGGCGACAAGCAUGUCAAACACAGUAAUACAUAUAUUUAUUUACCUGAAUAAUUAGGUAGCGACAUAUAAGUGUUAGGAGAUGGUACAACAGCUGUUGCUAAAUUAUUUUUCAAUGGAGUGUUUUCAAUUCUGACUGACUUUAAAUUCACUGAUUUUAAAACAGAACCUUUUUCACUCAUGAUCUUAGUUGAUAGUUUAAUUGGAAAUCCAAAUCUUCUCUAUAUUGAGCUUUCAAGAGAUUUUAUUGAUGAUGAGACUGCAGCUGCAAUAAUCCAAAGACUCUAUGGAAAUCCAAGGCUAUAAAAGAUCAAUUUAGAUGGCAAUCCUAUUUCAACUGGACUAUUUAAAGAGUAGUAUAUAAGACCCUAUUUUAGCACAAGAAAGGAUUUAAAAAUUCUACUUGGUUGA